AUGUCUCCCCUACACUUCAGCUUCUACUCAGCAUUCACAUUCAGCAGCUUAGGAUUAGCAUUCCACCGUACACAUCUCAUCUCCGCCCUACUCUGCCUAGAAAGCAUAAUACUAUCCAUAUUCAUCCCCCUUUCAAUUUGAUCAGUAGAAAACCAAACUCCAUCCUUCACCAUCGUACCUAUCCUAAUACUAGCCUUCUCUGCAUGCGAAGCCGGCACAGGCCUAGCAAUACUAGUAGCCUCCACACGAACACACGGCUCCGACCAUCUACAUAACCUCAACCUGUUACAAUGCUAA